AGAAGAAGAAAUUAAACUACUCUCACUGACGAGGUUUGACCCUUUCCUCUUUUUCUUCCUCUGCGCCUGUCUCUGGUCACCCAAAUCAGUCCGCGCAAGCCCAGAAGAAGAAGAUCUUCGGACUCCGAUACCAUUCACAACUACUCUGACCACUCAAUUUCCGGCUUUCGUUAAAAUGGAUUUGGAGGAUGAGGAGGAUGAGGAGGAGGAAGUUGGGGCAGUUGGUGGGUCUGCUGAAGUAAACAUGGGCGGUUCAGAAGGAGGUCCUGUUGGAGAACCUUAUGUUGGUAUGGAAUUUGAUAGUGAAGAAGAUGCCAAGAAAUUUUACAUUGAGUAUGCCAGGCGAGUUGGGUUUUCUGUCCGUGUUAUGCAGCGUCGACGAGGUAUUGAUGGGACGACUCUUGCCCGUCGCCUUGGAUGUAACAAACAAGGUUUCUCUCCCAACCAUAAGGGGAAACUUGGGCAUGAGAAAAGGCCCAGACUAAGUGCACGAGAAGGUUGCAACGCGACAAUCUUGGUGAAGAUGGAUAAAUCUGGUAAAUGGGUGGUUACAAGAUUUGUAAAGGAUCAUAAUCAUCCUCUCAUUGUUACUGCCAAUGAGUUCAGCACAGCGGGUGACAAGGAUAAGAAAAUAGAGGAACUUAUGAUGGAAUUGGAUCAUCAGGAUCAACUAUGUGCAGCUUAUCGAGAAAAACUACUCAGUUUCAUAAAUAAUGUUGAGGCAGAAACAGAAGAACUUUCUGCAAAGAUACAAGCGAUUGUUGACAAUGUGAGAAAAGUUGAAUCUGAAACGCAGAAAAAAUCUCGCUGUAGAUAGCAUUGUAAUGGAAAUUAGCUCUAGGCUUAUUUGCUACUUAUGGGCUGGGUUUGUGAAUCAUUGGAAUCCCACUCCAUGAAUGUACAGUGUUGAACUCUUGGUUAGAAUCAGUUUCUGUUCAUUAAAGAAAGUGUCUUUUUAUCUAACAGUCCACAUUUUGACAC